AUGCCUACUAAAAGAGAGCAACCAAUACCAGCACCAAUCGAAGCAUUGGGAUACCAAUGGAUUAAAAGAAUAAGUGAAGGUGCGUUUUCAAAGGUGCAUUUAACAGAAUAUCACAACCGAGCGCCGAACUUAACCGAAACGUUGGCUUGUAAAUUGAUUGAUACAAAAAAAUGCAGUGAAAAAUUUCGCAAACGUUUUCUUCCUCGAGAGUUAACGGUGCUCCUACAUGUGCGCCACCCUUACAUCAUUCGCGUACACGCAAUCAUGAAAUGCCGCAGUAAAAUAUGCAUCUUCAUGCGCUACGCCGAAAUGGGCGACAUGCUGUCUUUCGUGAUUGAUCACGGCCCACUAGGAGAACCGCAAUCUAGAAUCUGGUUUCGGCAACUUGCAUUGGCUGUACAGUAUCUUCAUGAAUCGGGUAUCGCACAUCGGGAUUUAAAAUGUGAGAAUAUUUUGCUGUCAGCAAAUUUCAACGUGAAGCUUAGCGAUUUCGGGUUUGCUCGAUAUAUUCACGAAAAUAAUCAACAGGUUCAACUGAGUACGACUUUUUGCGGCUCAUUUGAUUAUUCUGCGCCAGAAUUGCUAAAAGGGAAACCAUACAAUCCAAAGGCGUCAGAUGUCUGGGCACUGGGUGUAGUUUUGUACAUGCAACUCAACAAAUCAGUGCCGUUCAAAGGGAAAACUCGUCAGGUGUAUGAUCAACAAAUGGCACGUGCGUGGAAGUUUCGUUCACGUGUGAAUGAUAUCCUGUCGCCGGAUGUGAAAACACUUGUGCGAAGCCUACUCGAACCGAACCCUUUAAUUCGAUGGACUAUUGAGGAAGUCUUGGUGUGUGAUUGGCUAAUUCAAGAUCGUCGUUUGCGAUCGCUGAAUGCAGAAGAAUUUUCAGCACUCGCAAAAGCAAAAGUUUUCAAUCCUUCAUUUGCAGAUUUCGAACGCAUAAAAACAGAAUUAAGACGGACAGAACAUACAGAUCAAUCGGUGAUAGUUAUCAAAGAUUCGAUGAUGGAUGGUAAAAAUCAUUACGACUCAUUAGGCUCUACUCGAACUUCGCUUAUAGGUGAACCUGCAUAUACAAAUACAACUGUUCAUAGUCCUGAAUUUUAA